AUGCGCCAAUGGUGCCGGCUGGCCAGGAGCCCGUGGCCUUCGUGCCGCAAGACUUGCCCGGAGGGGCCUGCCAGGGCUGCAGCGUGCGAAACCUGCAGGUCCUGGCGGUCCAUCCAGCCAUUGGCUCCGAAAAUGUCGAUCCUGCAGGAGGUGAUUCGGAUCUUCUUCGACAGCGUGAUCGUGGUGGACAACCCCAACGCGAAGAUACGGAUCUAUCCCAAAGCGCUGGAGGAGGUUUGCAAAAGCAAAGAGCACAUUUACUACCCCCGGGACACCGGCACUGGUGAUUUGAAGGUUGCAACAAGCCUUGGCCAUUCAACAAGGAUGGCGCCCGGAAUCCCGGUGGAAGCUGUGUGCCAAGUGCAUCGGGUCUCCGACGCCUCGGUCAAGGUGGGUGACGAGGUGCUCAAAGUGACGCCCCGGCACCCGCUGAUGCGCAACGCCGAGAUGGUCGUCGAGAUUUCUUCUUGGGCCGUGCGCGCGGCAAAUGUCCACGACGAGGAACGCUACCCCGCCCGUUGGACUGGUUGGGAGGUCCAGGAAAAUCGCGAAGUCUUCACCUUCGAGACUGGCGCCCCGCAGAGCUCACAAGCAGCGGUGUCCAUCGCUGUGGGCUGCACGCCUCAGGAGUGUGCAGAGGCGCAGCAGAUCCUGGGCCAAGCCUCGGAAACCCUGGCUGGGCGAAUCGACUGCUUCCUCGCAUGGUACCGCUGCAGCGGCGACAGUGAAGCCCCUAAGAUCUGCGAUGGAUUGGGCGUUCCCAGCUGGUGUGACAUACAGGCUCCAGAUUGGCCAUUGCUGGCGGCGAUGGCACCAGCUCUGGACGCCGUAGAGGGCGAGGCAGCUGAGAAGCUGGUGGUUGGUGAGCCAUUUGAGCUCAGGGCGUCCACCAGCGGGGGCGUUGCCAUGCCCACCUUCACACUCUUGAUCCUGGCAAGCUUCGCCUUCCUCACCUCCUGCUAUGCAGUCUUCAGAGCAGCCCAAUGGGUGAUGGACGAAUACUUGGGCACCCGCGAGUUCGAUCCCUUCCUGGCCCAGUCUUUGGAGCACUUCCCGCUCUUCAUGCUCUUGGCCUUGUUCUUCGUGCCCCUUGUCGUCUCCUUUGGUGCGGCUAUGUGGACGCCAGUCUUCUACCAUCGAGCCUUGCUGCUCUACGGAGAGCGGUCCGACGGCUACCAGCUUCACGCAGCGGCGGAGUUCAACCGCUUGCAGGCGCAGAUGACCUGGGCGGCCUGCGUUGGCGCGGGCGCAUCAGCUUGCGCGACCUCCUUGCUCUCUUAUGCUACCAUUGCCAUGAGCAGGCGCACCUAUUUCGACCUUGGGCAAAUCGUGGCGAUUGUGGCCUUUGUUUUCUCCUGGGGUGUCAUCUUGGGAGGUGCCUCGAACUGGAUCGCCGAGACAUCACCGCUGCAGCACGCGAAGAUGCGCGGAAGGGAGGAUCACUUCCAGGUGGCCGUGCUGACCAUUUGCUGCGCUGCAGUGCAGACCUUGCUGGCAGCUCUUUGCCUGCUCUCGGUGACAGCAGCGCUGGUGACGCUCACCUUCCCAGGUUUGGGAGACAUUCUGCAGUUCUUCCUGCGAUACUCUUGGUAUCAGCAAACCGAGUGGUACGAUCGGCAAACUCUGAAGCCCAUCGGCAAGUGGGACGCCUGGGUCCUUCACAUCCGGGAUCUCCAGCUGCUGCAUGGCUUUCAAGUUCGACUUGACGGGCAGGUUCAGGAGGACGGCUUUAUCACCCUACAGUUCUACUCCACCGAUGAUCCCUUCAAUGUCGUGGCCACGCGGACUGUUCCGGUCCGUGCCAUCUUUCAGAAGAACCUGAACCCCUUGGAGGGCGACAACAUCAGCCUCAACAUCUCCAGCUGGCGGUCGGUGGUCAUGGCAAAUGUGAUGUAUCAGCAGCAGAACGGCUCUUACUCGCAGCGGGUCGCCAGCGCGAUGUGGGACCCUUGGACGAAGCCUUUGCUGGAGAAGUGCUUUUCCAAUGCGGCGAUUUGCGAUCCCGACAUCGGCAAGGGCACAGGCGGGAAGUUCAAACUGUGGGACUUUCAGGACCUCAUGGAUGACGGCCUGCCGAAGGAAGGCUGCUACCUGGAGACCCGCGUGAACUUGACACCCUUCAACGGGUUGUUGAGCAUGCAGAUGACUCAUUUAGGUCCUAAGCCUGUGCUGGAUGAGCGGGACGAUCCCAGUGAUCAGCCCAGCAAGGAGCUUUUCCUGGGAGACACCAUUCCCAGCGAAACCAUCGGCUUUGAGCGCCGGGCGCAGCUGGACCAUCAGGCUGCUCCAACCCUAUCGCACCACAGUGCUGGGGCGGUCGCUUCGAUCUCAGGCUUUGCCACCCUGGACAAGCUCGGCAUUGGUGGGGUGGAUGUGGAGCUCAGCGAUCCUGGGCAGCAGCCAAAGAGAUACGGGGAGAACCAGGGCAAGCAGCUGGGGCCCUUUGCCUUGGAGCCGUCGGAGUGGGUGGUUGCUGUGCACCAGCAGUUGCGGGAGGCGCAUCCCAGCAAUUUCGGGAAGGCUUUGGCCUUCCUGACCUCGGCAGGCCACGUUUUCCGGCUGCAAAGUGAAGCAGCCAUCGAGUUGCAACACCUAGCAGCACCCCGCGGGUUCCAAAUCCGCCGCCUGAACUUCGAAGGCAGCACUCUGAAGGACCUGACCCUGGCUCCCGUCGAUGGAAGGGGCCUUGCCAGAAUCUCCUGGACCCUGGGCGAGACGCUACGAAAGCUCCGCUAUGGAUCUCCCACUCUAGUGGCAAUGUUUGCGCCAGCUGAUGACGGCGAGCAGCGGAAGGACCCCACUGCGUGCGUGCGCUCCGUUGUAGAGAAGCUUCUUGGCUACAUCACCCUCUUUGACGACUUCGAUCAGUUGUUUCAGGACUGGCCGAAGGGCCAGUCCUCCAGUUUGCAGGAGUCAAAGGCGGGCCAGGCGCGGGCGGGUGGUGCGAUCGGCAGGGCCAUGCGCGCCCUGCCCCGCGCGGCUGCGCUGGCACGGCUGUUGCCGCUGGCUGUGGCGGCGCCGCUGCCGCUGGCGAGAGUCAGGCAUCCAGGCCUGGCCGAGGAGCUUCGGACGCCCUGCAAAAGCUCCGCCCACGCGGUGCCUGAGGCAGAGCCCGCCUCGCAGGAGGAGGUGGAAGAGGUCCUGUCCAGAAACAAGACCAUUCUGUUCAUGAAGGGCACGCCGGACAAGCCGCGCUGCCGAUUUUCCCGAGCAGCAGUAGAGAUCCUUCGAGAACACCAAGUGGACUUCGACUACGUCGAUGUCCUUGAGUGGCCUGCAUUGCGGCUGGCGCUGCACUCACGGUGGCCCACUUUCCCGCAGCUGUACUCGGAAGGCGUGCUUCUGGGGGGCUCAGAUCAGCUGCGGGAGCUUUCACGGGAGGGGGAGCUGCUGGACGCGCUGCGCAGCUCCACGGGCCGUGAGAAAGCCGCGCUGGCGCUGGUGCUCGCCGGCUAG